AUGAAUGGAAGGGUGCCUAAAGGGAAAGUAGUCGGCCAGGAUGUUCAGAAAGAUAAACAAAAAAUGGAGUAUAGACAAAAACCUGCUACUCCUACUCAGGGGAUAGGUAACAGGUUUGCUGUUUUGGAUAUUGAUGCUGAUGUCUCAGAGAGGGGAAUGACAUGUCAGAGGUGUUCGAAGCAUGGGCAGAGUAGUAUGCAGAAAGAGAAGGAAGAUUUGUGUAGAGAAGUAGAGGUGAUGGAGAAGGUAGUAAGUGAGGAGUUGAGUAAUCAGGAGGGUAAUGUAGAGUUGUCUGGGAAUGUAGAGCUGUCGGGGAAUGUUAGACAAGAGAGGCCUUUUAUUGAAUUUGAUCUUGGGAGGUUGUCUUAG